GAAGCGCGUGGGCACGUGGGCACGUGUCGCACGUGUGUAUCGUGUGUAUUGCGCAGUAUUGCGUAUUGUUGCGUAUUAUUGUUGCGCGCUGUGCGGUGUUGUGUGUGUUGUGUGUACGUUUAUGUGUUUUUACCGAACCCAACUACGGACGCUCUGAGCCCGACGAAACUAUGCGCCCUAAACCAAGAAGAAGAAUAAGUUUAUGUGUCAGUGUUUAAUUUCUGGAUUCUGUUCUUUGUUCAUCAACGAGCUAGAAUAAUAUCAAGUCAAGGUGUGCAUGUGCUGGCUUCAGUGCAAGCUUCUGUGAUUGCUAGCGAGGCGAGGAGUAGCCCUGCUGCAGUGAGGUGUCCAGCCGUGGGGUGCACCUUAAACAUUUCAUGGGAUCUGUGUUACUUUAGGGAUCUUUGCAGUGCAGGGAUCUUAACAGUUCCAAACUACUCAGCAACAUCAUUAUGUCCCAGUCUGAGUCAGCAUCAGAGGACGGGGAACUGCGACUGUUCAAUAGAGACCACCAGAGGGCCAUCAUGGACAUGAUCAGAAGUGAUGUCGGGUCUGGUGUGAUGGACGCUGUUAAUGAUGAUGUGACGGCAGUGGAACAAUUCAGUGAGUCACUGCUGUCAGACUCGGAUCGUGAUGCUAAACCAAAAAGUGAGCCGCCCAUACAUGAACAGCAUGGUUCGGGGCCGGCAGCCAGCCCCAGCGAGCCGACCCCGCCCUCGCCGGCAGUUCCUGUGCGCUCGCCAGUGGCCCGUCUGGGCUCUGCGCCGGCGGUGAACCGCUGGCCCGGCGUGCACGCCUUUCAGGUUACCGUAUACCAGCGGCUGGGCACUCCGGCCGGCCGCCAGCCGCCGUACGCGUACAGCCGCGCUGCCGGGAAGCUCUAUACGGACAUGCUGGUGGCGGUGCCGUUCAGGUUCUCGUACACGGCGGUGGGCGACCCGCGACGGCUGGAGAUCCGCGCGCAGCCCGUCUACCUGGAUGCGCAGCACGUGCAGAACCCCGUGCGCCGGUGCCCGCACCACCAGGACUUUGCGCUAAUGUCCAACGUGCAGAGCCAAUACGUGCGUCAUGUCCUGCAGACCCAGCACGCACGCUUCAGGUACGAGGAGAACGGUGAUCGCUGUAGCGUCGUGGUGCCCCUGGAGCCGCUCCAGCCCGCCACCGACCACUACGAGGUUCUGUACGAGUUCACGUGCAUGAACACCUGCGUCGGUGGAAUGAAUCGGCGGCGAAUUCUGGCGCUCUUUACUCUGGAGGAGUGCGAGACCGGCCAGGUACUGGGGCGCCAAACCAUUGAAGUGAAGGUGUGCAAGUGCCCCCAUCGAGAUCUGAAGGCCGACGAGAAGCGGCUGGGCCUGGGUCGCAUCGGUGACAAGCCUGACAGGAAGCGACGGCUCACGAGCUCGCCGCCGGCGUCGCGCGAACAGCGCCUCGUCGUAGAGGUGGAUGAUGAGGAGAUGUUCCGGGCCGUUACGGAGGUGCGGGACUCCAUGCGCCGUUACCGCCGUCGUGUGAACCCACAGCACGGCCAGGCGCCUCCGCCCCGACAGUGAGCUGUGCUAACUCAGCCUGACCGGUCAGCGUUCCCGCAGGCACCGACCGGCUGGUACACGGCUGGUGAUCCCUAGGCACCAACUGGUGACCGCCCUCAGCGAGGAGCGGUGACGGCUGGUGCUGCGGUUCGAGUUGUGAUUGGUGAUAGCAGAACACUGCCACUGCCAGUAGUUUAACAGGUGGUGUGGCCUUCGUGCUGGACUUUGCCGCGAGCGGACGGCGUUGCACACUGCCCAUGCCUGUUGCUUUAUUUUGAUACAGAUACUGUUCCAGUUGACAUCGUUGCACUUGUUAACCGAGACAUGAUGUGCUUUUUAGGAAUAAGGAUGCUCAAUCGUUUACGUUCCGAGUGAAGUGCGGCGCGAAUUUUUACAAAUCGAUCCAGGUGCCAUUCAUUCCAUUCCGCGAGGACCAUGGAUGAGAUUGUAUUGGGCAAUAUCGACGAUGCAUUUGUCUUUCUAAAGCUGUGGAAAUCGAACAUAGCGAACUUAGUAUGUCACUAUUGGGAGAUUACCGAUAUUGAGCUUAGGCUACAUAUAAUAUGUCAUUAGAGAAUAUUGUCCUUGAAGUUAGGUUUGGUACUUAAAUGAGAUGCAAUGGGAUGGGCGGAUUUAAGUGACCCGCUCGAGGAUGUGCUUUUCCAGCUUGUCCAUUCGACCGGUCUAGUCUAAAUUGCGUUCAUAUUCCAAAUGACUAGCAUAACAAUUAAUAAGUGGUAUGCUCUCAGUAUCUGUUGGUCAUGUUUUUGUGGUUCGCUACGAUCCGGUGCGACUGUGAGACAGAAGUGCAUUUUAGUAAUCCGAGCCGAGCAACACUUUUCUAGAAGAACAAUUUUGGCUUGUUUUACUUUGUAAUAAACGGCCGAAUAUUGAAA